AUGGAGACGUUGGAGCCGAUCCAACAAACCCUGCGCGAGAUCGACAAACGAGUCCCCUACUCCCUCCGCGCCGCUUUCGGCCUCGCCCACAGACCCGUCGCGCUCCCCUCCGACGACGGCGACAUCGCCAGCUUCGUCGCAUCCUUCUUCCAGCCGCAGGACGACGGCCCCGGCCCGGCAGAAACACGCGGCAAUGACGAGGAGGAGGAGCCCCGGGCGCGGGCGGGUCUCCGGAUGGACUGGGCGUGCUACGCGCGCGACCACGACGAGGACGCGCACUUCGGGCACGGCGAGGCCGGCGUGGUCGGCGUGGCGGACGGCGUGGGCGGGUACCGCAAGCGCGGCGUGGACGCGGGGGCCUUCUCCCGCGGGCUCAUGACCGCCGCCUUCGCCGAGGUCUGCGCCGCCGAGCCCGGCACGCCCGUGUGCCCGCACACGCUGCUGGAGCGCGCCUACGAGGACACGGCCGCGUCUGGCGCGCCGGGUGGGUCCACGGCGGUCAUCCUCUCGCUCGCCCCCGGCGGCACGGACAACACCCUCAGGUGGGCCUUCAUCGGCGACAGCGCCUUCGCCGUCUUCCGCGGCGGCAGGAUCGUGCACCGCUCGAGGCGGCAGCAGAAGCGCUUCAACCACCCGCUCCAGCUCAGCGCCCGCGAGGGCGGCGUCGCCAAGGCGGACGUAGGGGAGAUGGCCGUGAGGGAAGGGGACGUGGUGGUGGUCGGCACGGACGGGCUGUUUGAUAAUGUGUUCGACGGGGAGAUUGGGGUGGUGGUGCGGAUGGGCACGGCGCUGGGGUUCUCGCCCAAGAACAUGGCGGACGUCGUCGCCGGCGUCGCCUACGAGAUGUCCAGGAGCAACGAGAGGGACUCGCCGUACAGCAUCGACAGCCGGAAGCAUCGAGGGGACCGGCGCCACGGGGGGAAGCCGGAUGAUAUCACUGUUGUCGUCGCCUUCAUUGUCUCAGCCUAUUCCUGA